AUGACUGGGUACUCAGAAAGCCAAACAGACAAGAAGACAGUUAGUAAGACUUCUGUCAAAAACUGGGCCUUUGGGUGUCGCCCCAGGACUCGGGAGGACAACCAACACCCACCUCUACCACCCAGAAAGCAAAAACAGCUCUUUGGAGCUCCUCUUGAGGAUGUAUGUGAUAAUGACACCCUGCCCACCCCAAUUCUGGAGAUGCUUUCCUUUAUCAAUCAAAAAGGGCCAUUCACAGAAGGCAUCUUCAGAAAACCAGCCAGUAGAAAACCCGUAAUAGCCAUGAAGAACAAACUCAACGCUGGACACAAAGUUAACUUGGAUGAUGAAUCCGUUCUCGUAGUAUCGUCGGUCUUAAAGGAUUUUCUUCGAAAUAUCCAAGGAAGCAUCUUUUCAUCCAGUCUCUACGAUAAAUGGCUUAAUGUUAUUGAUCAAGAGAAUGAGGAGGAGAAAAUAACUGCGACCCAGAGGCUUGUAGACCAGCUACCGAGAGCCAAUGUAGUGUUUUUGAGAUACCUUUUUGGAGUGUUACACAAUAUCGAGAAACAUUCCUCAUCCAAUCAGAUGACAGCUUAUAAUUUAUCCGUGUGUCUCGCCCCAAGCAUUCUUUGUCUGCCUAAUUCUGGCAUCUCAGCAUUUAAAAACGUCACCAAAAAGGUUUCUUUGAUACAAUUCCUCAUUGAAAACUGUCUCAAGAUAUUUGGAGAAGAUAUCACUUCUCUCUUUGGAGAGAACUCAGUGAGUUGUGAUAACAGUGAUAUCACUGAUAACAGUGAGAUUUCAGAACAAUCUCUUGAAUCCAAGCCAGUGAGGGUGACAAUGAUUUACGAAAAGCCACAACUGCAAUAUGAUGCUAUGACCUCAUCAAGGAUGGGUCCAUCCACUGACCUGUCUACAGUAUUCUAA